AUGGAAGAACUAAAACCCAUAAUUCGUUCGCUGGCCAUAUCGAGCGCUGGCGGAUUGACCCUGCAGCAACUCGAACGCGACUUCAAUAGUCUCGAAGGAUACAGCAUCCCGUACCAGCGGCUUGGCUUUAAAUCGCUCGCUUCUUUGCUGCAAACGCUGACCGAUGUUGUACAGCUGAAGGGAAAGGAUCAGCAAAGCACCACCAUACAUCCCGUUACCACCGAAAAAAACGAGCACAUACUUGCGUUGGUUAAAAAGAGUAAGAAAAAAAAGAAAAAACCCACCUUGUUACGGCAGCCUUUGCCGCAGCGGCCCGGCAUCAGCAGCAGCAGCAGCAGCAGCAAACCCUGCAAUGAUGUGCAAAAGCACUCCGAAAGCGGUAAGGGAAAACACUCGUCUUAUGGUCAUAGUAGUCGAGGCUACACAGGAGCGGUAACAACAACACCCUCAUCGCCAUGGCCAUCGUCCGGUUACUAUAGUGAGCUGGACUAUUAUUUCGAACAAUUUUUACAAUAUCUGUAUGCUGUGCUGAAAGAUAAUGAAAAUUCGAAUGGACAACCAACAAACCGUCAGAAGGGUGGUACGGCCCAGCCACCAAAUUAUCAAAACUGCCAACGCCAAAACCGACAGCAGAAUCGUCCACCGUCUGCUGAAUGUUCGGGGUGGAAUUACAAUCCAGCUGGAUGGAACAAUAAUUCUUCAGGGAGAAACAAUAAUUCCGCUGGGUGGAACAAUGGUAAUGGAUCCAACAACAAUUCGGCAGGAUACAACAACAAUUAUGCAGGAUACAACAACAAUUAUGCAGGAUGGGGCAAUAAUUAUGCAGGAUGGAGCAAUAAUUCCGCUGGAUGGAAUAACAAUUACGGUGGACUAAUGUACAAUUCCUCGGACUGGAACAACAAUUCCACUGGAUACAAUCCCAAUCCCAUGGCCCAACGGCAAAUGAACAUGAAUUACUUUGCUUAUAACGGCAACAACUGGAAUGGAAAUUAUCCCCAAAGCUCCAACUACGGCAAUAAUGGUGCGUAUUAUAAUGGGUACAAUCUUCCUGUAGCGGCCGGAUAUCAAUAUCAAUACGAAAAUUAUGGUAUGAAUUAUCCAUCAAAUUAUGGGUACAACAACUAUCCUUCAAACGGGCCUAAUACUGCUGCUCAGAACUCCUACGGACAGUUCCUUCCAUACGAUUAUUAG